UCUCUGCACUCCCUCUCUCUCUCUAGAAAACCAUAACUCUCUCUCAGAUCCAACCUCCAAGAAACAGCCUAGGUUGAAGCUUGAUGAAGAUCACAGGAGCCCAUCAGCAUCCACUCAUUGCCCAUCAACCCUAAGCAUGAUUUCAAUGAAUUUUCUCACUCCUCUUUUACCUCCAAGACAGGAAAUUCAACCAAUUUUCUCACUCCUCUUCUUGCAUCAAUCGGUUCGAAUUUAAUUUGAUUUAAUUUCCAAUCUGUAUGUUUAGUCCAAUUUUUUUCUAUAAGAACAAACCCCAAUUCCAAAACCCCCUUUCAAACAUGUCGCCUGAUCACAUCAAUCCCGCCGGAAAAGAUGAUGCCCAAAAUUCCGGCGGACGGAAAAGCGGCGGAGGCGGCUCCGCCGCCGCCGGCCCGGUCCUCAAGUGCCCCCGCUGUGAUUCCCCCAAUACUAAAUUCUGCUACUACAAUAACUACAGCCUGACUCAGCCCCGCCAUUUCUGUAAGACCUGCCGGAGGUACUGGACCAAAGGCGGCGCGUUGCGGAACGUGCCGAUCGGCGGCGGCUGCCGGAAAAACAAAAAGCUGAUGAAAACCUCCCCGCAAUUCUCCGGCGACGGCUCCUCGAAAGACUCCAUCGCAUCAUCCGACAUCAACGUCGUCGGCGGCGGGUUGAAAUUUUUCCAGGGCGUCUCCCCCGCCAUGGAUUUCCAGGUCGCUUUCCCCCGGCUCCACCACAGCCCGCCGCUCCCAGCCGCCGCCGGCCUGUUCCCCCAAUUCUCCGAUUCAAUUUCCCAAAACCCUAAUUUCAACCUCCUCGACCCUAAUCCCGCCGCCUCCGCCGCCGCGUCUUCCUCACCGUUAAUUAACUUCUCAAACUUCCCAAUUUCGUCGGGAAUCAUAAACCAGGAGCUCGGAUCCCUCAGCCUCCAUGGCAGCCUGGCUUCCUCCAUCGAAUCCCUGAGCUCCAUUAACCAGGACCUCCACUGGAAGCUCCAGCAGCAGAGAUUAUCGAUGAUCCCAUCCACCGAACCGCCGCCGCCGCCGAUGAUCAAUAAUCACAAACCCCAACAAAUCAUGUUCGGCAUUUCCAGGCAAGACCGGAAAGAUCAUCAGGCCGCCGCCGCCGGCCUGUCGACGGAGUGGUACUUCGAAGGUAAUUCACUGACAACAAUGGCGGACAAUACAGCAACCAUUAACAGCAGCAGCAGCAACUGGACAGAAUCAAUCCAGGCCUGGAACAACGGUGAUUAUUAAUUAAUUAAUAAAUCAAACACUGCAGAUGAUAAGAUGGAAUAAAAACAAACAAGAGUGGCUUUUGCAGUUUCAUAUGGCUUUUGGGAAUUAAUGAAGAAAUCGAAGAGCUUUUCUUUUAAUUAAUUAAACUUGUAAUUUAUUAAUUAAUUAAAUCUUUGUUAGAUCCUUGAAUUUGGUUCUGCCCGUCUUUAAUUAUGUGUAUAUAGAUAAAUCUGUUUGUGUUUGCGAUUAUGUCUUGGAAGUGUAUGGCAGAGUUUCUUAAAUUAAUAAAAAUAGUUAAGAU